AUGAAGGAACCGCCGGCCCUCGGCGCCGACUGGUCCAAGCUUCCGGCGGACAUCCUCGGCACCAUCCAAGGCGAGCUCGAGUUCCCCGACCUGUUCCGCUCCGCCGCCAUCUGCCCCUCCUGGCGCGCCGCCGCCAGGUCCCUCCGCCGCCACGGCCUCUACUCGCGGCCCCAGACCCCCUGCCUCCUCUACUCCACCGCCGCGGCCGGCGCCCGCGCCGCCGAGCUCUACAGCCUCGCCGACAGGACCACGUACACCAUCCCUCUUCCGGACCCGCCCAUCGCCGAGCGCAGCGUCGUCGGGUCGUCCCAUGGGUGGCUCGUCACGGCCGACGCCCGCUCGGAGCUCCACCUCCUCAACCCCGCCACCGGCGAGCAGCUCGCGCUGCCACCCGUCGCCACCGUCGAGCAGGUGAGCCCCGUCCUCGACGACGCCGGGGACCUGCAAAGGUAUGACCUUUCUUUCUACGACGCCAAGCUGCCCAGGAAGGAGAACCAGCCGCCGCAGCCCUACGCGGCGGACCGGCUCCGGCUCCGGCGAGUCCUGUACCUGAAGGUGGUGCUCUCCUGUGAUCCAUCGCGGGGUGAUUGCAUCCUGAUGAUGAUUCACAAUCCAUACCGGCAGCUCUCGUUUGCGAGAGUUGGAAGCAGCAAGUGGCACUGGAUCACCACCUCGUUCUGGGUGUCCCAGUACUCGGACGGCAUCUACCACGACGGCGCAUUCUACGCCAUGAAUCUCCUAGGAGGGAUUCAUCGCUACACCAUUGAAGGUUCUUGUGCCACACGAGAUAUUGUUCUGAAGGACACCCUGCCAUACAUGGCAUAUAGCAUGUACAUUGCUCGGACUACAUCCGGAGACUUUCUGCAAAUCCGGAGGAUCACGACCGACACAAGCGAAGAUUCACUGGAAACGCGGACGAGUGACCUUGAAGUGUUCAAAGUUGAUCUUGAGGAUCAACAAACCGUGGAUGUUGAUACCAUGGGCGACGAUUCCUUGUUCAUCGGGCACAACUAUUCCUGCUGUGUUUCCACAAAGGAUUACCCUGGGCUGCGGCCCAACCAUGUUUAUUUCACUGACGACGAUGAGUAUUCGCUAAUGGAUGACCAAGAUUACCGACGGGAUGUUGGAGUGUAUAGUUUGGAAAGUAAAAGUACCACUGAGAUAGUCACUCCCGAACCAUGGUUGAGUAGGCCAAUCCCCGUAUGGAUAACACCAAGUUUCACCAAGAUCAACAAAUAG